AUGAAUCUUCGUAUACGCAACUAUCCACCGAAAUUUUGGCUUCAGUUACAUAAACACGCAAUAGAUCUAUUACUACCUCCACCAUCAAGAAAACCUCGACGUCCACCAAGAAAUAAAAUUAAAAAUUGUCUUACUUCUCUCUCACCUCAUAUUCAAAAAUUCAUUUAUUGUGGAGCUAUCGAUAAACGUAAAGGUGAAAUUAGAGCAAGUAAAUUUCCGCUUACUAUUGAACAGUUUAAUAUAACGAAAAGUCUUUGUUUAACUCGUCAAUACCAACCGGUCGUUUUACUAGAAGAAGAGUUAAAACUCGAAUAUAAUUUUAUUCAUAAAUCUUAUGUACGAGGUAUUCAAAAUAUUCAAUUUAGACUUCAGACACAAAAAUCAAUUGUACCAGGACAAUACCCAAUCCUUCUUCUUCGUAUUCGUUAUCAUCAAAAAGCUCCUAUUCUACAUCAAUAA